UUUCAAAAAAAAUUAAUAAAGACAAAAAACAGUGGGCUAGUAAAACUGGAAAAUAAAUACCUAAAACGAAGAAGAAAAACACAAUAAAAAUAGUAAUUGAAAAACAAAAGAAUCUUGGCGUACAUUCAUUCAAAACAAUAAACAACAUAACAAAUACUAAUAAUUGCACAAAAACUAAUGAAAACAACACCCCAAGUGUUUUACAAAAAAACAGCAGACAAAGUACAUUUAAAUUGAAACCUAAAGAAAUUAAUAUCAAGGAAGAAAAAAAAACAAAUAUUUUUCUAGUAGAAUACAUAAAUGAUAUCAAAAAAUCAAUAAAGUAAAGUUACAAAGAAAGAUAAUUGAAACAAAAAAAAACAAUUUGCUAAAUAAAGACCACAAGGGACUUUCACUUGUUAGCCCUAGCUGUGACAAUAAACCUACUACAAUAUGACGGCGACUCCGGGUAAUCCGAAAAUUCCUCUUAAACAGGCUGAAAUAGCCGUUAGACGUUUUAAUGACAUGGCCAUACCCCACCAUUUGGGUUUGCUGAAAAAUCAUCGCAGUAAUAUUGAGAAAAGUUUGGCCUUGGGCGAUUGGAAUAAAAUUAAAAAAGAAGAAAUAAAUGCUAUGCGUGUCAUAAAACAGGUGAAGAAUCUUCUACUUGAAAUGGAUGCCCUUAGAGAAAAGGUCAGGGAUGAAGAUCUUGAAAGAUUUGAUGCCAUGAUGGAGAAAGGCAAACAGAAGGCCUUUGAGGGUAUGAAAGAAUAUUUGGAACUACAACUAAAAUCCCCCACAAAUACUCUACGUUCUCAGGGACCCUGCGAUGAUGAUGAGGAACCUGAACACCUAAACUCUCCGGUGGAAAUAGGACAAACACAAGCGUAUCAAGAAUCAUUACCCCACAUAAAAACGGAUUUUCAAGCCGAUGAACAUUUACUAGCACAAAGACAGUCCUGUUUAGAAGAACUACAACACUUGCAGCAUGAAAUACGAGAUUUAAAUGGCAUGUUUCACAACAUGCGUGAACUGACACAAGAACAAGCAGAAAGCGUACAAGCCAUAGCCGAUAAUGCCGAAGAAGCUCUUGAAAAUGUACAAAUUGGUGAAAGUAAUUUACGUAAAGCUUUGUCUUAUAAAAAAGCCAUGUAUCCGGUAAUGGGAGCCUUAUUGGGUACUUGUGUAGGAGGUCCCAUAGGUCUAGUGGCGGGCCUUAAAGCAGGUGGCUUGGCAGCAGUAGGUUGUGGUAUUUUAGGUUUUACCGGAGGUUCAGUUUUAAAAUCUAAUCCCGCUAUAAUGCAAGGUAAUAUAGAAGAAGAACAAAUAUCUAAUAAUGAUAUAAAUACUCAAGAGGAUAUAGAAAUGAAUAAAAAGGAGGAAUGACAAUUGAUGCCUGCUAAUGCAGCAAAUCAAUCGUUAACAGUAUGGGCUGCCUCCACUAGGCAACUAAUGAAUGUAAGAGCCUCAGCUGCAGCUAGAUUAGAUCCAGUGGCACAAGCCACAACCGGGGUAUUGUGCAGUGUUAAAUCAUAUUGUUCCAUACAAUAAAGAAACAAAAAUAUUAGAUUUAAAACUAAAAUCCAUUUCAUAACAUUGUUAACUUGUUUUUAUAACUUUAGACUUUUAAAACAUUUCAUUAAUUAAGGACCUUUAAAGCAAAUGGAGCAUAUUUUUGUCUGCUAUUAAAUAAGGUACUAAUAAAACAUAUUUCAUGUAGAUAUUAUUGUUACACAAUAAAAAAAUAAAACGUAUUUAAAUUAAAAAGUGAAAAAUUAGCUUAACCAUUUGAAAAUGUAGAGCUUAAAGUUAAGAAUUUAAACAAAUUGAAACAAUAAACUAAAAAAUAACCAAACGAAA